CAAGGUAUGUUGCGGCAGCAGCCAUAAAGUUUACUGCACUGAUUUCUAACACACUUAGAUUUACAUCAACAAAUUCAAACUGGCAAAACUACCUGUGAAAGCUUACAAGCAACAACAUAUAUUGGGUGGAAGACAAGCCAAGUCCAUUGUGUUGGAACCAUGGUCGUUGGGAAGAAGUUGGCCAAAGAGUCCCUGCUGCCUUCUGUGCUGGAGGAUGAUGACGCGGAGACGGAGAGCGAGAGCGCGCAGCUGGGUGGGAUAGGGAGCCGACCACCCAGCAGACCCAGGAAAGCUUUCAGUAGGGGAAGUGUUGACCGACAGACAGUGACCCGGUCAGGGUCCGGCCGCCACUCUAGCCCUGAGGGGGAGGUGUCAGUCAGGGGUGAGAGAAAGGAGGAUGAGGGGGAGGAGGAGGAAGAAGAGGGCAGUGGAGUUGGAGAUGGAGACUCACAGGAGAGGGGGAAGGAAUGUGUCAUCACAGCUUCAGAUGAGGACUAUGACACAGACUUGGAGCUGGGAGAUGUGAAGGAGGCGUAUGACCCGACGGGCCAGACUCGAUACAGGGAGGCGUGUAGAAUGUUCAAUGUAGUCCCUGUAUCCUAUUUCCUGAAACACAUGGGCAAUACUGAGCUAGCCAUGAUGCACCAUGGCCUCGGGCCUCAGGGCACCAAAGCACUGGCGGUUUCCUUGGUAACCAACACUUCCCUCCUGAAGCUGAACCUCAGGGAUAAUUGCAUGGAAGGGACUGGCGGGGCUGCCAUGGCCGAGAUGUUAAAGGAGAACUGUUACAUCACAGAGGUGGACCUGGGGGAGAACAGGCUGGGGGAGUGUGGUGCCCAGACCCUGUCCAGUAUGCUGCAGGAGAACACCACACUGGUCUCACUCAGCAUGUCUGGGAACGAGCUGGCUGACCGGGCCGCACAACACCUGGCCCAGACCCUGACCUCCAACACCAAGCUGGAGACCCUAGACCUCAGUCACAACACCAUAGGAGAUGCAGCAGGUCAGGUCCUGGGACAUGCUAUCGCUGAGAACACAGGGCUGAAAUCAUUGAGUCUGGCCUGGAACUGUAUACGUGGGAAAGGAGCGGUGGCUUUGGCUAAAGGCCUUGGGAUGUACAAGCUCUGGCACUAG